CUCUCUCUCUCUCUCUCUCAGUUCAUCCAUCUAUCCGUUCAUCCUCUGGCUGCAGUCUGUCGCCCGCGUGACCCGUUAAAACCGAUUUAGCGAUCGGUUGCAUGGCAACAUGGCGACGGAGUUCCAUAAUCUACAGGAGCUGAGGCACAGCGCAUCUCUGGCUAAUAAAGUCUUUAUCCAGAGAGAUUACACUGAGGGAACUGUCUGCAAAUUCCAGACCAAAUUCCCCUCUGAACUGGACAGCAGGAUUGAGAAGACUCUGUUCGAGGACACGGUGAAGACUCUGAACAAUUACUAUGCAGAGGCGGAGAAGAUUGGAGGCCACGCCUACCUCGAGGGCUGCCUCGCCUGCAUCACAGCCUACCUCAUCUUCCUCUGCAUGGAGACGCGCUAUGAAAAGGUCCUGAAAAAGAUCUCCCGAUACAUUCAGGAGCAGAAUGAGAAGAUCUACGCUCCCAGAGGCCUCCUCAUUACUGACCCUAUAGAGAGGGGCAUGAGAGUUAUUGAGAUCAGUAUUUACGAAGACAGAGGUUCCAGUGGAUCGAGUUCAGGAAGCAGCACCACCAGUAGCAGUGGACGAUGAUGGUCUUCCCGACACACACACACACACACACACACACGCACACAUGCACACAUGCACACAUAUACACACUUUUGCGUUCCAGACACAUUCUGUGUUUCAAGUAAAAAAGACAUAAACAUCCCAAUCACCAACACGGUCCAUCUGCAGGUGGCACCACGGGUGUGGGUGUGGCUCCGUGUCCAUAUAUGGAAUCGUCAAGUAGGAAACAGGAGUUAAUUUUCAUUUUUGGUUCCUGUGUUAGAAUUUCUAAAGGGACAGGAAUCUUCACUGCUAGUCGGGUGGAGGAUCUUCACUGGAGAACAUUUAGAACUUGUCCAUUUUCACAUCAAGCUUCACAUCACUGCCACAGAACCCCAACACUAACAUAUCAUUACAGUCUCUAAAUCGCUUCCUCAAGGGUUCUUUGGAUAGUUAAUAUUUAUAACUCGAUAAAAUGGUUCUAUAGAUAACGUGACAAGGUCACGAUGAUAUUACAGGUGUGAGUCUUUGUGUUACUGACAGAUGAAUGGCCAUUUACUCUGAGCCACGCCCGUUUACCAUGAGCCACGCCCGUUUACCAUGAGCCACGCCCGUUUACCAUGAGCCACGCCCGUUUACCAUGAGCCACGCCCGUUUACUCUGAGCCAGAGUUUUAUCAGAUCUGCACACAGACCCUCCUCCAAUCACUGAACAUGAGCUUCUCAGGACACACCCUCUAUUACCUUGUCAUCCAUAUACGCUGGAGUUCCACACAUCUCAGAGAAAUAGACUACAUUUACACACACACACACAUAAACACAGACACACAAACACACACACAUAAACACAGACAAACAUAAACACACACAUAAACACACAUACACACACAUAAACAGAGACACACACAUAAACACACACAUAAACACACACAAACACAUAUACACAAACACACACACACAAACAGAGACACACACAUAAACACACACACAUAAACACAGACACACAUAAACACACAUAAACACAGACACACAAACACACACACAUAAACACAGACACACACACACACACAUAAACACAGACAAACAUAAACACACACAUAAACACACAUACACACACAUAAACAGAGACACACACAUAAACACACACAUAAACACACACACAAACACAUAUACACAAACACACACACAUAAACACACACACAUAAACACAGACACACAUAAACACACAUAAACACAGACACACACACAUACACACACACACAUAAACAUAAACACAGACAUACACACACACACACACAUAAACACACAAACACAGACACACAUAAACACACAAACACAGACACACAUAAACACACACACAGACACACAUAAACACACACAUACACACACACACACACACACAAACACAAGUACUUGCAUGAUUUUCACUUCUGCACCUGUGUGUUGUAUGUAGCAGCCUGUAGACCUGAUGCAGAGCAGAAGAGAGUCUUCCACAGUGGGUCAGGAGUCGGCCAUGUUUGCACUUUUCCUUAUUCAUUUAUUUAUUUAUUUAUUUAUUUUGAAGCUGCACGUUGACGAUAUCAGUUAAGAGUCAGACGCAGAACCACUCCGGGGUCAGAGCCACGUAGAUGUGCUGAUAUUUAUUAUUAACCUAGAAAAACCAAAUCUGAUCUCACUUCAACCUGUUGAGCCACUUUUCCUUUUUUAUUUCCCCACUUUAGAAUGAGAGGUUUUAUUUUUUUAGAGUGAUGACGGUUUCAGAAAGUGAGACAAUCUGGAGCAGGUUUUAUUACACAGAGCCUGUAAACAGUCGUCUCCCUGGAGUUCCAACAGAAAAACUCGAGUCGGGUUCUGCGUAAACCUUUAGAAGGUUCCGGAGUACAAAACCUUUCAGGGACGAAAUCUAAUGGAAAAGCUCUACAUGGAAGGAUUUGGGGGAUUAAUAUAGAACAUUUAAAUGUUCCCCCAGAAGGCAAAAGGAGAGAGCUUUUCAGAAUUAGAACUUUCAUCACAUCACAUAAGUUUUUCAUAUAACCUUGAAAAGUUCCUCCAAAAGUGGAAAACACGUAACCCUUAAAGGUUAGAAUUUAUGAUGUCCCGAGGAAGGGAUUAAUGAUCUGGGGCAUCUUAUUGUUUAUAAUAUACGGAUUUGCUGUAGUUUAGGUUGUGUUAUUUACUAUAUUCCUGGUUUAGAGCUUCCACAGAGUUCCGGGUCUUCCUCACGCUAACACGCUGAAACUACGCCACGUACCUCUGGAGUGCCAAUGUAUCGUGAUCAUCAGGAGAUAUAAAGACAUGACAAAGACUGGUUAGUUUAGAGAAGCUCAGGAUUAAAGAUGUGAGUAGAACAGGAUCAUUCAUCAUACUCUCAUCUCAUCAUAAAGCUUCCACUGCCAUAUCCAGAAGUCUACACGUCUCACUUUAGUCAGACGUGAGCUCUUCAGCGUGCCCUGACACUGCCACUAGCCAAACCCUCGUUACUCCUCCGUACAAGCUUCUAUUCCCUAACGAGAGAACUGGCUCAUGAUUAUGCAAAUAUGUAGAUGGGUUUCAUUACAGCCUGCACUCUGAAACAUGAAGCUUGUUUCUCUGUUGUGUAGCGAGAAGUGAAACAGAAACAGCUCACGAAUUAACGAUUACGGCACCGUGAUAAAG